CUCAAAUCACCUAUGAACUUAGUUUUGUUUUUUUUGUAUAAUUUCUCAAAGAGUAUUUAUUAAUGAUGAUGAAUUCAAGGUAGAUAACUUCACAACCAUAAAUCAAAAUUAAUCAAAAGACAAAUGAUAUUAUUUCAAGUUUGUAUUUUAUUACUACCUAUCUUUGUGCACAAUAAAUCGAUCACAAGAAUCCGAUUACAUCCAGUAAGACAUCUAAACCGUUCUUAUCAUUCAUGGGAUGCAUCAGUUGCACAAUUCACGCAAAAAUGGUUACAAAGAUUGAUAUCAUCCGAAAAUAAAACAACAGUUGAAUAUUUAGACAAUUAUCAAAAUAUUGAAUAUUAUGGAGAGAUUUCUAUUGGGACACCACCACAAACAUUUCAUGUGUUAUUUGACACAGGAUCACCAUAUUUGUGGAUUCCAUCAAUAAAAUGUGAUUCUAGUGAUUUAGCUUGUCAAGCACAUCAUAAAUAUGAUAAUUCAAAAUCUUCAACUUAUAAACCAAAUGGUGAAUCAUUCUCUGUUCAAUACGGUACUGGAACAGCAUCAGGAUUCUUAAGUUCAGAUAAUGUUCAUAUAGGUUCUUUGAGUAUUGUCGAUCAACUAUUUGGUGAAAUCACUGAACAACCUGGUGAAGUAUUUGUAAAUUUACAUUUUGAUGGAAUUAUGGGUAUGGCAUUUCAACAAACUUCAACAAAUUCUAAUCCAACACCUAUAUUUAAUAAUAUGAUUCAACAGAAUUUAAUAGAUGAAGCUGUGUUUGCGGUUUAUUUAAAUCAAAACGAGGAUAAGACAACUAGUGGAGAAAUAAUGUUUGGUGGAAUUGAUGACAGAUAUUAUACUGGAAGUAUAACUUAUUCAGACGUUGUCGAUAAAGAAUAUUGGAUGAUUAAAUUUGAUGGUAUUUCAAUCAAUGAUGAAAUAUUUUGUCCAAAUGGAAGUAACGCACUUAUUGAUACGGGGACAGCUUUAAUAUCAGGUCCAACGGAGAAAAUUAACAAGAUUAAUACAUAUCUUGGCAGUUUACAGACGUCUACUAAUGAAUACAUUGUGGAUUGUAAUAAAAUUCACGAGUUACCCGCUAUUCAAAUAAAGAUUAAUGAUAAAUCUAUCCAAUUGAAUCCAGAUGAUUAUAUUGUUGAGAAAGUUUCAAACAGUUCUCGAAUUUGCAAAACUUGUUUCAUUAGUAAUAACUUCCCACGUGGCCCAUUAUGGAUAUUUGGGGAUGUAUUUUUAAGAAAAGUUUAUACAGUAUUUGAUGUUGGUCAUUUACGCAUAGGAAUUGCUAACGCUGCGUCAAAUGUCAAACUUUCAUAAAUAAAAUCAAUAUUUUGAACAUAAUUAAGAAUUAUAUUUUUGAUUUUGUAUUAUUUCUAAAGUAACACUACUGAACUAAUUAUUAAUAUGUAUGAAAUGAUUACAAAGUUCGUUUUGAUUUGAAGUGACUUUCUGUACUUCUGUUUUUUUUAUACUUAUGUCAUAUGGUUGUUUGUUUUUUUCGUUUCCUUAAGUAUAUAAACAAGCAGAAUAAUAA